AUGGUGAAGAAUACUUUCAAUAACAAUGACAAACCAGAACCCCUGGUCGACAUCAACCGCAACGAGGGCAUUGCAUCGAGCCACCUGCAGCAGCACCAGACACAGCAGCAGCUGCGCAGUCGCUCCAAGAGCCAGGAUUCGCUAAGCUGUGGCGGUGACAGUAGCCCCCAGAAGGUGAGCGUCAAAAGCGAACGGAACUCGGGCAGCUCCGAGGACGGCGAUGGAGAUCGGGACGAGCACGAGUACCUGGACGAGGUCGAUGAGGCAAUUAUCAAGAGCAACAACAACCACCAGAUCAGUAGACACGCGGGCGAUGGGGAUCACGAUGCUGGGGGUGGGAAUCGGGAGGGGAGUGAAGGUGGUGGGAGGUCGAGUUCCGUCAUUGGUGAAAGUGCUGCUACACCGACGAAAUUGAGUAGCUCGGCAGGUAGUGGUCGACGAAGUGGGAGCGGUGAACCGGAUCAGGAAGAUGAUGAGGAUUAUGAGUUGGAUGUGGAGGAUCGUGAGGGGGAUGAAGCUGAAGGAAGGCGUGAGUCACUCGGGAAUAGACGAAGGAGUUCCUCGGACCCGGUUAAUCUGUCGAUCGUGAAAACACAGGACGCCGAUUCGGAUGACGCAAAUAUUGACGUGGAAACGAUAGGAAAUGCACCCACAAAGAACCUCAUUCCGCGAUUCCUGGAUCCGUUCCGGACCAAGCGGAAAGCGUACUAUAUCCACCCGGACGCGGAGACGUUGAAGCCGCUGGAGCACGAGCUGAUGCACAACUCGCCCGAUAACUACGUGGUGACGCCACACCGGAAGCGCCGGCCCGGGUUCCACAACUCGCCGGCCCAGAACCCGCCCUUCGUACCGAGCUACCUGAGUCCGGAUGAUCUGCGGACACGAAAGUGCUUCCUGCCCGGACCGCCCACGUACCUGCCUGAUGUUCGACCGGGAUCGCCCAAUACUCAAAGGGCUGUCGCAGAGCUAGCGUUGAGCCAUGCGGCGAACAAUAACAAUAAUAACAACAACCGGAUACGACCUCCCAGUGCCGAUAAUAAGCUGGCGGUUGCUCCGUUUGUGUAUCCCUGGCCACCGGCUGCCCUGGCCGGCUUGCCUGGAGGUCCUGGAGAUCUGCUAGGUAUUCCAUAUGUUCACGGCGGACCGAAUGCGGACGGGACGAGUCCAGCAGAUUUGAUUCAGCAAAUGAAGAACUUUGAGAGUAGUCAGGCCGAGUUGAACGCCCGGUCCGGAAGCAGCGGAGGAAGUGGCGGCAAUGGAGGCAGUAUUGGAUCCGGCGGGUCCGGUGGAGGAGGAAGUAUGGGUGGGAACACAGCCGUGCGGGAGUAUCGGUGUGAGUACUGCGGCAAGACGUUCGGCAUGAGCUGGAACCUGAAGACGCAUUUGCGAGUCCACACCGGGGAAAAACCGUUCGCCUGCCGGCUCUGUGUGGCCAUGUUCAAACAGAAGGCUCAUCUACUCAAACAUCUUUGUUCGGUGCACCGGAAUGUGAUAAAUGCGCCGGAGGCCGGCGGACGCUACACCUGCUGCUUCUGUACCUUGUACUUCGAGACGCUCCAGGAGCUGGUCCGGCAUCUUUCCGGGCAUCACAACAAUCUGCUACUGAGCAAAAAUCUCCACGAAUGAUACCGACUGCAGGAGCUUGAUUACUACUACUUCUGCUGCCAGCUGGAGAUGUUCAACAGCAACAACCUGGAGGACACCCGGACCCUAGUGCAUUGAACAACUGGAUUCCGUCCGGUCCGACCCUCAAAAUUUGUCCGUCUCCAAAUGAACGCAUCUUUUCCAGAAAUUUGCAAAUGUGAUAGAUUACAGAGAUACAUCUAGAGAAUGUAAACAAACCUACUUAAAAAAAAUUACUACUUCAUGUUUCCUCAAAAAUAAAUUUGGGAGAUGGAUUCUGGGAGCUGCUUCAACACAGCAGGCCUAGAACUCGAGACACAUAUAUUAAUAACACAAACACAUAAAAACUGUGACAAAACCUAACCUACAAAAGACGCCACACCGCCGAUCUUGUUCUGGAUACUCGUGUAUACGCCAAAUGAUUCCCGUUGUUUAACAAUUCACAGUUUGAUAGAGAGAAAAAACCCUCCACUACCCUAAACUACCACAACUUGUAAAAAACAAAACAAAACCACGUGUUCGGUGUCAAAUUUAGAUGUUUUUUCCUAUAAAAUGAGUAAACGAAGAAAAACAAAGUGAAAGAGAUUAUCAAAAACCGACGACGUCGGCGUACCCCUUAACUUUUUUUUUGGCACAAUUGUAUUUUUUCCCACUUCCAUAUUACCAACUAUUAUUAUUGUUGCAAUAAAACUUUUGAAAAGUUUUCACUCAAUUUGUAAAACUAACUCAGUCCAUACCACCAAACAAACAAACAAACAAAUCAACCGUAACGUCAGAUUACCAUUUUAGCUUUUAGAAACAGUAACGAUAAACCAUAGUAAGCGCAGCGAGAUAAAAAAAAACACGAGAAAACGGUUCACAGCAAAUUGUUACAUCAACACACACACAAGCAAACGCACAAAAGUCAGCGGAACAAGCAAUUUUUGAGUAAUUUUAAUUUAUUUUUUCUCUCGGUGUACACUCUUUACUUCUAGUACUUCUACUUAAGAAAAAGAGAAGCUUGAUUGAGUUUUGAUUGGUUGAUUCUCCAGCGAUCAAGACUGGAUCAGUUCUCAAUUGGUCGACCGCUCUGUUUUAUGGACUGAAAUUCGACUUAAUAGGUCGAAUUUCGACUGGUCGAUUUUCGACGAAUAGGAGAAUUUUGAUUGGUCGACCUUCGACUUCGAAGGUGCUUAUUAGAUUCUAUUUUGAUCAAUUCUCGAUUAGUAAAUUUUCGAUUGAUUGAAUUAUGAUUGGUCGACUAUAGAUUGAUCGAUUUUCGAAUGGUCGAUUCACAAUUUUCAGUAUUAAGAUCCUAGAAUAACUGAUUUUUGAUCAAUCUUUUUUUAUCAAACUAUUUAUAAAUUCUCCAUUGGUCAACUUUCUGUGGGACGACAUUUGAUAGAUCGACCUUUGUUUGGUCGACUUUCGAUUGACUUGGUUGAACAUUUUAUGCUGGUUGAAUUUUGAUGAAUCAACUUUUGAUUGAUCGAUUUCCGUUUAAUUUACUUCUGAUUGGUUGACUUUUGAUUGGUCGUCUUCCGAUUGUUCGAAUUUCAUUUGCAUGUCUUUACUUUUCAAGACUUUUAAGUCUUCGGCUUGCGUCUUUAGUCGUGAAUAUCCAGCUCAGUCUGGAGACUCCAGUCUGGAAACUUCAGUCUGGAGACUUCAGUCUGGAGACAUCAGUCUGGAGACUUCAGUCUGGAGACUUCAGUCUGGAGACUUCAGUCUGGAGACUUCAGUCUGGAGACUUCAGUCUGGAGACUUCAGUCUGGAGACUUCAGUCUCGAGACUUCAGUCUAAAAAUUUCAGUCUGGAGACUUCAGUCAGGAGACUUCAGUCUAGAGACUUCAGUCUUGAGACUUCAGUCAGGAGACUUCAGUCUGGAGACUUCAGUCUGGAGACUUCAGUCUUGAAACUUCAGUCUUGACACUUCAGUCUUGACACUUCAGUCUGGAGACUUCAGUCUUGAGACUUCAGUUCGGAGAGUUCAGUUUGGAGACUUCAGUCUGGAGACUUCAGUCUGAAGAUUUCAGUCUGAAGAUUUCAGUCUGGAGACAUCAGUCUGGAGACUUCAGUCUGGAGAAUUCAGUCUGGAGACUUCAGUCUGGAGACUUCAGUUUGGAGACUUCAGUCUGAAGAUUUCAGUCUGGAGACAUUAGUCUGAAGAUUUCAGUCUGGAGACAUUAGUUUGGAGACUUCAGUUUGGAGAGUUCAGUCUGGAGACUUCAGUUUGGAGAGUUCAGUCUGGAGGCUUCAGUCUAGAGACUUCAGUCUAGAGAUUUCAGUCUUGACACUUCAGUCUGGAGACUUCAAUUUGGAGAGUUCAGUCAGGAGACUUCAGUCUAGAGACUUCAGUCUGAAGAUUUCAGUCUGGAGACAUAAGUCUGGAGACUUCAGUUUGGAGAGUUCAGUCUGGAGACAUCAGUCUAAAGAUUUCAGUCUGAUGAUUUCAGUCUGAAGAUUUCAGUCUGGAGACAUUAGUCUGGAGACUUCAGUUUGGAGAAUUCAGUCUGGAGACUUCAGUCUGGAUACUUCAGUCUGGAGACUUCAGUCUGAAGAUUUCAGUCUGAAGACUUCAGUCAGGAGACUUAAGUCUGGAGACUUUAGUCUAGAGACUUCAGUCUGGAGACUUCAGUCAGGAGAAUUCAGUCUGGAGACUUCAGUCUAGAGAAUUCAGUCUGGAGACUUCAGUCUGGAGACUUCAGUCUGGAGACUUCAAUCUGGAGACUUCAAUCUGGAGACUUCAGUUUGGAGACUUCAGUCUGGAGACUACAGUCUGGAGACUUCAGUUUGGAGAAUUCAGUCUGGAGACUUCAGUCAGGAGACUUCAGUUUGGAGACUUCAGUCUGGAGACUUCAGUCUGAAGAUUUCAGUCUGGAGACAUCAGUCUGAAGAUUUCAGUCUGGAGACAUUAGUUUGGAGACUUCAGUUUGGAGAGUUCAGUCUGGAGACUUCAGUCUGGAGACUUCAGUCUAUAGACUUCAGUCUGAAGAUUUCAGUCUGAAGACUUCAGUUUGGAGAGUUCAGUCUGGAGACUUCAGUCUGAAGAUUUCAGUCUGGAGACAUCAGUUUGGAGACUUCAGUUUGGAGAGUUUAGUCUGGAGACUUCAGUCUGAAGACUUCAGUCUGAAGAUUUCAGUCUGAAGAUUUCAGUCUGAAGAUUUCAGUCUGGAGACAUCAGUCUGGAGACUUCAAUCUGGAGACUUCAGUCUGGAGACUUAAGUCUAGAGACUUCAGUCUGGAGACUUCAGUCAGGAGAAUUCAGUCUGGAGACUUCAGUCUGGAGACUUCAGUCUGGAGACUUCAGUCUGGAGACUUCAGUUUGGAGACUUCAGUCUGGAGACUUCAGUCUGGAGCCUUCAGUCUAGAGACUUCAGUCUGGAGACUUCAGUCUGAAGAUUUCAGUCUGGAGACACUAGUCUGGAGACUUCAGUUUGGAGAGUUCAGACUGGAGACUUCAGUCUGAAGAUUUCUGUCUGGAGACAUCAGUCUGAAGAUUUCAGUCUGGAGACUUCAGUCUGGUGAUUUCAGUCUGGAGACUUCAGUCUGGUGAUUUCAGUCUGGAGACUUCAGUCUGGAGACUUCAGUCUGGAGAUUUCAGUCUGGAGACUUCAGUCUGGAGACUUCAGUCUGGAGACUUCAGUCUGGUCAGUUUUAAGAAUUAUGAAAAUCUGGAUAUUUUCAAGGGUCAAGAUAUGGAUAAUUUUCAAAAAAAAAAUUAAAUGAAAGAAAUGACUUUCAAUAUUGGUCUUUUUUUAAGUUUAAAACUUUGAAAUUUUUUAAGAGCCUUGAGAAAUUUUAAAGUUAAGUAAAAUGAAAUUCUUGAGUAUUGAGAGUCUUCAAAUUUUUGAGCGUCCUGAGAGAUUUGUAUCAUUUUAAGUUUUUUUUUUUUCAAAAUUAUUCAAAGACGAACAGUAAUUGAAAUAUAAAAAAAACUCAUACAAUUUUGACGAUCGUAGUAAGGCUGUGUGUGUCAUGCGAAUUUGAUCGAUGGAUGAGUGAGAUAAAUUAACCUAUUAUAGAUGAAAAAAGAAUAAUGUUGUAAACCAAUGGUACAAAUUACAUUUGUAGUGAAGCAUAAUUAACGACAUACAUACACAUUACUGCAGAAAAGAGAAUAAAAAAAAUCAUGUGUUGAGUAGUAGUUUGCGAAGUUAAUAUAAUAACCUUAGCGUAAAUAUAUCCAAGAAAUACUUAGAACAUCAGCAGAAAAAAGUUAUUGAAAUCGAAGAAGAGUAACAAUUUAAAAUACAUAAAGAAACUGUUAAAUCUCACAAUCAUUCCAUUUGCAGUAGGUAGAAUUUUUUUACCUUGAACUUUCCCCGUUUAUAUUUUCAAAUAACCAAAAGGUGAGCAACCGAAAAGUUUACACAAAGUUUGUGUAUUGUGAAUUUAGCGUGUUUUUUUUCCGUUGAAGUUUUUUUCUUCGGAAAGUGUAACUUGAAAUAAAACGUGUAACUCAUUAAAUUAACAGAAGUAACAGAAAAAAGAUGCCACAAACACAGACACAAAAGAGAAAAAAAACGAUGGAAGCGACAAUAAUUUACCAUGUGAAGCGAAGCCACUUAGCAAACAUCAAAAACGGAAACAGAAGCCAAAAAUCGAGUCAUUUACCCGCACCCACACACACACAUAUUCACAUUGCAUUGUUCCACUUGGAAGUUACACAGACAUAUAAACAAAUAAAAAACAAAUCGAUCCAAAACAAAAAAAAAUGGAACGAUCUCAUCCUGUGCAUCAAAACAUAGAAGAAAAAACGAGGCGCGUAGUUCAUAUCUAAGUAGGCUUAUUAUUUAGCGGAGAGCCAAAGCAGCACUUGCUUCGAUUCAGUUUUUUUUGAAGAAUUGAACUAAAAACGUUCGAUGGCAUCUAGUACUACACUCACUUGAAACGGAAAAACACUGAAAAAAAAACUCCAGACAGAAAGUGUUAGAAUU